AUGCAAGCAACGCUGGUGAUUCUUGGCACGGCAAUCUCGCUUCAAGAUGCCGAUCAUGUGUACUCGGCCAUCGCCAAACACACUAAUUUUUCGAGGAUAACGGACUUCCCCCGCUUCGAUGAAAACGAUGUCGACAAAAUUCUCUCAGAUCUAGUGGACAUGUCGGACUGCGAUCUCCCGCCUGCCAAACGCCGCAAGCUAACAGGACGAGCUCGAUUUUCCGUUGACGUCGUCAAACGCCUUGCCACGCGCUGCUCUUCUCAGGAUUCGAAACAAGUUGAUCUCGAAGACGCUGUUGACAAGUCGAUUGAGCAUACAAUGAAUGGGCUUCGGGCCGGGGCAGCGCGGCUUCUUGGUCGAAUGGUCUUGGCCUAUCAUCUCCAAGAUGGCAAAAUUUCGUUCUCGAGCCAACAGCAGUCCGACUUUGUGGACAAAGCCUUGUGUAGACUUCGACCACACCCCGAUGGCAUUCACUUGGUGCUGGACGAGCCAAUGGUGGUUGAGGCGGUACAGGAGGAGCUCAAGGCUUCGGACAAGGAUCCUGCGCUCUCGGAGUACCUGGAUCAACUCUACCGGAUUGUCACCAACUUCGGUGUCGCUUCAACGUCAAAGGGGGAUUCUCUGGAGCCACUUGUCCGUCGAUCACUUCAACGUUUCAAUGGUUUCCGUCUCAUGCUUAUUGCCAGCUAUAGCACACGUCCGGAUGGAGCUUGGUUUUUCUCUGACAAGCGGUACGCCGGCACUCUUGCGAUCAAGUUCUACAGCAGUCGUCUGGCACAGAAGGCCCACCAGUCAAACGAAACCUCCAGUGACAUUCGAGGUUGCUUCUUACAAAAGGACGGUACUACCUUGAAUCCAACCUUGGCAACCAUUCGAAGCAACUUUGUGGCUUCCGGUACUCCUUCCAACCUCAGGGGUAUCCUCCGCAUCCACAUCGAGUUGCCUGACGUCCAGUACGGUAUGCCAGCUACCCAUGUCUUGACAAACCCUGUGACUGGCGACCAGGAUGUGAUGGUGUAUAUCAACCUUUCGAACAUGGACGAUUUUUUCUUUGAGGGCAUCUCAGAGUACAGGGACGAAAUGGUCCAAUUGAAAAAGGUCAUCAGAUUUGUCUGCCAGUAA